GAAAAGACCAUAUAAAAAAUAAAUUGAUUUUACUAACUCGUUUUUAAGAUAAGCCAUUUCGACGUGAAAGUUGAACUUCUCUAAAUCUUAUCACCCCGUCUUCAUAAUAACCACCGUCACAUCUUAAGGCUUAAGCAAUACAUAGGAUUGGAAUUGCUUAGUACCAUUCGUAAUAAUUGUCAUCAUUAUAAAGGAAGGUAAAUGGUCCUGAUUUGUAUCUAUUCGAUUAAACAAUUACUAAUGUAGUAUACCAGAGUAAGAAAGUUGAAGUAAUUGUGUUUUGGAAUGGCCAUAAAAUAACUUCUCGUACAUAAUUAGUUUGAUAUUCAACUGAUGUUCGCAGAAAGUCUUUUUACUUAUUUUUCUGAUCAUUUAUCAGUUAAUGUUGUGUCCUGUUUUAAUCUGUUUUUGUAUUUCUGACAUUUGAUCAGAAUUAUAAUUCAGUAGCCUAACAUAACUUGUAUUAAUUCCAGAUCUGAGUAAUAAUUCGUUUUGUUUUUCCCUACGUCAGUUCUAAGAAUAUCAAGCCUGAUGCAUAGAUUCCUCAGUAUUCUUACUAUAAAAGCAUGUAUAUUUUAUUUUUUCGUUUCCUCAGGUUUCUGCGUUUCGAGUGUGAAAGAGGAAAGAUGAUGGAUAAACAUAUCUGUGUCACUGUAAAGGAUUUUGUGCCAUUGCUUCGUAACAUAUUAAAAUCUUUUGCAGGCAGGUAAACUACACUUCUCUACAAGGCUCAGACUAAAUGUUAGAGAUUACAUGGUUUGGUAGCAUGCCAUAUUUCAGCUAUCUCUAACAUUUUUCUGAAAACAUAGUCAUAACUCAACUAACUUUGGAUUUACAAAUGUAUUCAGCACGGCUGUUAAACAAGUUGUUGCUCUCGGGAAAAUAUUAUAUUUCUUAUUAGAAUAGUGUGAAAUUCAAAUUCAAAGUAAAUGCAUUCAUUUUAUGGUUGGCAGAACAUAACUUGCAUAUACCUCUUAACUCUUGCUAACAUACGUUGUAAUCCUUCCUCGUAAUUCCUGUUUCAGCUCUUCAUGUAAGUAGAAUGCAUAGACUGUGUCUUGGCAGCCUAAUUGCUAAUAAAAAUACUUCAUUUUUUCGAAAAUCAUCGUCUACACUUUAAUAAUCUAACUUCUAUAUUUAGGUUACUGUUUUCUUUUUCUUUUUACUUAUUUUCAGCUGACACAAAAUCCAAUCACUCCUACUGAUCAGUAAAUACACACAUAUCUAUAUUAUCUAUACCCAUAUAGACAUUCAUUUAACGAGCUUAUUAAUUCAAGUCAACCAUAAAAUCUCAAGAGAGGCCGCAAAGAGUUUUAAGUCAUCAAUAGUUAUCUCUAGCAAGUGUUCAAAUUCACACACUAAAGAUAUAUUUAUAUAUCAAGAUCUAAUUAUUCUUCUGUUCGUAUAUUAAUUGGUUCUUGCGCAAAAAUUCAUCAUAAAAGUAUCUUUUGCAUGUAAACAAUAAUUUUUUCAAUUCAUAAUAAUGGAUCAUCCAGAGCCAAUAUCUAAACGUCCAAUGGAAAUACCACAAUGUCGUAAAGGUUUUACACUAGAAGAGGCAAGAAAUUUCGUUGAUCAAAUUAUGGAAGUAUUUCGAAGUUUAGAAGAUAUGUCAGAUCUACGAUCAAUGUAUGAAACGGGUAAACAACUAAGUCGAGCUUAUUUUGACUGUCAUUCAUGUCGAAUUGAAUUAGCUCAACAUUUAACUAAUUGUGAUUAUCCAGCGUUUGCAUCGAAAAUGAUGAAGAAAUUAAAUAAUAUGGGGGUGUUUAAAAAUGAUGAUAUUUGGUUUUCAUCAUUUUACUUUUAUAAUACAACAUGGAAUUUCUCUGAUAUCUGGCCGGAAUUCGCUACUGCUUUAGCUACUGCUGGUUUACCAAACUUACUCAAUUUAAAUAUUGGCCAUCAACCUUAUUUGGAGAAUUUAAGCAGUAAAAAUGUGUACUACCUUAUUAAAGCUAGUCUAUCCAUUAUUCAUAAUAUAGCUCGUGUUCCUGGUAAUAUACAUUAUUUCGCCUCAGAAUCAGUUCGACAGGCAUUAUUACACUUAGCUCAACGUGAAGAAGAAUUUCUACGUUGUGUUUCUACACUUUGUUUAGCGCAUAUUGUUAAUGAAUCCGAAAUUCAUUUGAUCACUGAUACAUCGACAGGUGGCAUAGAUUUACUACGUAUACUGUUUGGAUAUGUUACUUCUGCCCGUGUUUCUGAGAAAAGAAGAUGUCAUGGAUUUCAAGUGCUUGAAUUGCUGUCUGCUGUGGCUGCUCUAUCGGUUCAUGAUCCUAUCAAAGCUAGUUUAUUAUCCUCAUCUGUUGGUGGAAAUUUAAUUUCAGUUGGGAAUAAUCAAAGUACAGAACAUGGAAUGACAUGUUUAAGCCUACUCAAGGAAUUAAUUGAAACUGCUUUACUUCCCAAUUCUAGUCCUGUUUCUAUUAGAGAGGCAGAGGAGGCAGUACGUAUUCUAUGGAAUACUGUUUUUGAUCCAUCUGUCUGUACAGGAGUAUUACAAACACAGUUGAACAACUGGUUGAAUGAAACCAUGACUGCUCAUGCUACAUCUUUACAGUCUUGCAAAGCCCUUUUGCGUGCAAUGGAAUCUAUUAGUUGGCAACUAAACAAUCCUAUUUCUAGAAGUUUGAAAAGCGAACCUAUAGAAUGUGGCCCAGUAUUACUGUGUUUUGCCCCAUCUAAUCGCAUCGCUGUUAACCGUAUAGCUGAUCGCUUAAGAGACGCUGGUAUACUGCUUAACAGUAUUCCUUUCUGUCCUGAAAUAAUAUCAUCUGCUGAUGCUUCGGCAACCGGACUCAGUAUGUGCGGUAGUAAUGCAGUAAAUGAUGCUCAAUGGAUAGAGUCUGUAGAACAAGCUUCUGUGAUGAUUGCAUUUAUGAGUGAUUCCUUCCGAUUAAGUCCUGGCUGUCGACUGGAAGUGGAGUAUUUUUCUAGUUUUGAUACUAAUACAUAUGCAAAACCUAUUAUCCCUGUUGUAUUACAACCGAAAUUCAAAUUAACUGGCUGGUUAUCUCGCCUCAUCGCCCAGCAUCCUAUUGAUUUCAAUGGCAAACGUGAUCCGGAAGCUAGCUAUGAUGCUCUGAUUAGCCAGGUAAAGGAGUGUUAUUCUGAAGCAAAGAGGCGUGCCGAAGCUGCAGCUGCACAGCAUCAUUCUACUACUGAUAGCAAAAGACACCUAGCAAUUGCUGGUGACACGGGGGUGCCUGGAAUACCAAACUCAGAUGUUACGGUGAAUCAUUUCGGCGCAAAUCCUGUUGCCAGUAACCGUGGUUCUCUUGGUCUGGCUUCAGGUACUAAACGUGAGGACGGAAUUCCUUUUUCCUGUCAUCCUGGAUUAUCUACGAUUUCUACUCAAAAUAUGGUUCAUCUGCAGCCCAAUGUUAUAUCCCGACCUCUAGCCACCAGUGCAUGGCGUCAUGCCAUUCGUCCAUCGGUUCGUAAUUGGUCUACAUGUAAAGUUGCUUCUUGGUUGAAAUUCCGUGGGUUAGGUCAUGUACCUUCCCAAAUAGCUGGUGGUAUCGAUGGCGUUCUAUUAUCUCAGCUAGCUGGUUUACGUAUUUGGGCUCCAGAAUAUUUCACACAAUGUUUACGGUCUGAAUUAGGUCUUGGUUUCGCUGAUUCUCUUCGAUUUUUGGAGGCAUUGGACGAGCUAGCCCCAGGAGACAGUGAUGGACAUGAAGUUGAAGAUGGAGAUGACUGUGUAGAUGGUCGUACCCAUAUGGGAAAUUUCGAUGGUGCAGCAUCUAGAGCGUAGCAACUUUUGGUUUUGGUUACCAAGAUCAUUGUUUUGUGACAGCAUGUUCUGAUCUUGUAAUAUAUUACAAGGUACUAGUUGAUUAAAGCUGAUAACUGAACGUGCCAAUUGAAUUUACAUUCAUUGCAUCUUUUCGAAUCAACUGCUUGCAUCAUUACAGACUACUGUUUCGGUGUAUUGAAACUGCUGACUGAUGGGCUUUUUUCAUUUGAGAAACUGAGGUAUUAUUUACUAUUUGUUUUUAUUUGAUAAUAUUGUAAAAUUAUUCAUGUUUGAUUUUUUUUGAAGUAUAAUAUCUUAUAAACAAUAUUGUCUAAAUUCAGUUUGUCUUGGUUCUGCUAUAUGGCAUGGUAGUUGUAAAAGACAACUGUUUAUAUGAUCAAACUCAGUGAUGUAAUUCCUGUUGUUGUAUUUUUCUUUUUUGCAUUAAUAUAAUACCACCUUUUCUGUUUUUACUAAUAUCUUGGAUUUCUUUUUUCCAAUCAGUCCUUUUUUCAUCACGGUUAUCACAUAUUCAUUUAUAAUGAAUUAUAAUCAUUCCUUAUACUGAUGCAUAAAUCGUUACUUUUUUAUUCUGCUGUAUUCUAUUUCUUCUUUACAUUGUGAAAUGUUGUCUUCAUUCUCAUUCUCGUCACAACCAGCAUGAUUAUAUCUGAACUGAUACGGGGAUCUAUGUUGAUGAUUCCUCACUAAUAUUCAUUUGAGAGAAAUAUAUUCUCGAAACUAGUUUUUAUUUUGUUAGUGUUACACUUUUCUUCAGUAUUCUGACUUGAUUGUGUUUUUUAUUUUUAAAAAAUGCUUUUAUUCGAUUUGGUGAACAAACCAAAACAACAAAACAAUACAGGUAAUUAUUUUUCACUCUAUCUGGAUCAGUUCUCCUAUCUCAAUUUUUCGUUUGUCUUUUUCCUCUUUCUUUUUGUUAAUCAACUUCAUAUUCUGCAUUUGUGCAUGUCUUUAUGUUCAAUAUUACCGACUACUAUGUUGUUAUGAGUGAGGAGUAUAUUCCUUGUCUGUCUAAAUUUACUAUACUAUUAUUCCUAAUGACUGACUGACUGACUGACUAGCAAACAUAAGUUAGUUGUAUUUACUUCUAUAGAGAAAAGAGAGUGAGCAAUAUUAUUUUACUUAGAUACUGUAGUCUUCUAGUAAUAGCAUUAGUAGUAUUACCCUACCUCUACUCUACCGCAAUUGUAUGAAGCAUUACUUACAAUCCUAAUCAUGAUGACGCAAUAAGAGAAAAGCAUUUUUUUUAUUACUGUUGACAAAAGAAAGAAAGAAGAAUUAUUAUUACUGAGUAGUAGCAGUAGUAGUAGUAGUAGUAUAAUAUGUACAUCCUACGUCCUAUUUCAUCCGUUUAUUGAUCAGCUUUAAGUUUUUUUUUUUCCUUCUCACAGUUCACUUUCCUCUUUUUAAUUCUUAUCUGAUAAAAUUAGCUGUAUAAUAAUGGACAAAGUUACAGCAUGACUUUACAUUUUAUUUAAGAAUAGAUGUGAUGAGGGGAACAACAUUAUUCUAAAUGUCUUCUUCUGUGUUAAUAUUGUUUACGUAUAUAUCUUUAUUUAUUUUAUUUUAUUUUUGGUGCUUUUUCAGUUAAACAGUAAAUUAGUUGUCGGAUAAACAAAUUCAGUAUAUACACACUUAAAAUAAGCACAGUGUGACGUAAUAACAUUUAUACUACCUAUACUUCUGUACUACUUUUAAACGUGAACUAGAUGAAUAAACUCUGUUGUUAAC